AUGUCGGAUACUCUUCCUCAGCCCGGAACGGCGCCGCAACCGCUAUUUCGCGCCGUCGCCAGCUCGACAAGACCCCUGUACCAGCUGCUGAGGACCAUCAACUUUUCCAACAAGGUCCAUGUACAACUUCAAGAUGAUGGCAUUAGAUUCGCGGCCGACCUAUCGAGAGUUAUGCAAGGCACUGCCUUCCUCGACAAGAAGCUCUUCACCUCGUACUCUUUGAAUCUCGACGAAGGCGAGGCUCUGCCAAAUUUUCAGAUCACCCUACCGGCGCUUCUGGAAACACUCCAAAUCUUCGGCGCCGUCGACGUCGCAACACGCACACAAAAGGCCGAGCAGGACCCGUAUCGCAGCAACCUCCGUAAUUACCGACCAGAUGCAUUUAGUAAUCAAACUCUGGGAAUUGGUGGGACCUGUAGCCUGGUCUAUACCGAGGAGGGCGGCCACUUCAAUGUCGUCAUCGAGGAAAGCGGUGUCAAAACCACCGCCAGCCUCACAACAUAUCUGCCGGAAAUCCCAGAGGAGAUACCCUUUGACCGAGAGAACCUGUCUUUCAAAAUCAUCAUGCAGGCGCGCUACCUUCUUGACGCGCUGGCGGAGUUAGCGCCCAUCGGUCCCAGCCGCCUUACCAUUACAGCGUCAAAAACACAGCCUUACCUUACCCUUUCCGGCGUUGGCGACCUCGGCUUGUCCAGUGUGGACUUCGCCAAGGGCCGCGAGUUGCUGGAGACCUUCGCGAUCCAGGAUCGUUGGACCCAGAGCUACAAGUUCGAUCUCAUCAAGUCUUCGAGCGAGGCAAUGCGGAUCGCUAGCAAAAUUAGUUUUCGCGGCGAUGACCAGGGCGUUCUGAGCUUGCAGUUUAUGGUGGAGGUGGAGGGUGGCGGGGUAAGCUUUUUAGACUUCCGGUUCGUGCCUUACAUUACCCACGAGGAUGACGAGGAUGAAGAGGGUCAAGAUGAGGAUAGAUGA